AUGGAUGAAAUUUAUAAGAUCGCCUCCACAGAGAGGAUCCAGCAGUUGGAAAAAGAACUAGAGGUUCAGUUGGCUGAACUUAAAGCAGAAAUACAAGAACAUGGAGCUCUUAAGAGAUCACCCCAUUGGCCUUACAGCUCUAUCAGGUUACCAAAGGACGUUUCUUACUUUAGGAAAGAGAGGGAACUGGCAUUGAGGAAAAGCUUACAGGUGGCUGAAUCAAAGCCCCUUGUUGUUCAAGCAAAUGUCCUGCAGAGGGAGCUAGAAAGCUGUUUAAGGAAAGAAUAUACAGUUGAAAACUUACCUUUGCUUUUGCACCAGGAGCAGGUUGGGCACAUUAUGCAGGAGUACAAUGAUGCUGUUCAGAGAGCUGAGAGGCUGGCUGUUGCCAGAGAAAACUUACUCACUGGAAAGAACAGUCCUGGGCACCUGGUAACACAGGAAGAUCUGGUUAUCUAUACCAAGUGGCUAGUAUGUCACCUACAUUCACUUAGAGACAUUCACAGCUACCUGAGGGUGUUACUGUACCUGCCCAGAUCUGAUAGGUUGGAAGUGGCUGUACAGGAACACCCUGAGGUGGGUCAAGAAAAUGGAGAUGUGUACACUAGACAUGUAGCCCCUGAGUCUCUGUCUGCUGACAACCAGAAUUCUGGCUAUCCAGCUUCUUCAGAAACCAGCACUUCAGGGUCAGUCAGAAAAGAAGCUACCACUAUUCUGCCCCACCAUAAAACAGAAGCCGUAGAACUGAAGCCUCAGCUAGGACUCCUUCUGCCUCAUUUCAACAUCUGCUACAACAUAGAGGAUCUAAAGAAUUCUGCUGAUGAGAUGGAGCUCUUUUCCCUGGUACUGGAAAAACUCUGUAUCUAA